AUGGACACCAAAGACCAACGCAGCCGAUCAGCGCAGGGUAACGCACCCAACAGUAAGAUUCACGGUGACGGUAGCCCGACCCCCGAAGAAAACAAUUACAUUAGGAAAAACCAAGAUCAGACGGAACCUUUCGACGAGGUUGAAAACACUGAAAGACGACACCCACAUGCCGUACGGCUUUUCAGGGGCUUUUUUCGGUGGUUGUGUUUCUGUAACCACACCCCGAAAGCCGACACCAGCAAAGAGCUUUAUUUAACGAAUUCAAUCCUUUGGAGCUUCCAUGAUUCCUUCCAUUCAGUGCCCCAUGGAACAGACCUGGCUCAAACCUCAUCACCCCAACCCUCAACUGACCCUGUGUUCUCUGAUGAAGAGUCCAGUCCUGAUCAGUCUGCAGCCAUGGACGAACUCAAAAAUGUCACCCUCGAUAAACAGGAUUUGCUAGACUUAUUUGACUCUAUGUGUCAGGAAGCAAAAGGAAUGGGCCAUGAUGUAGUUGGGCGCGUUGUUCAGGUUCUCAACUUUGCUGCCGCUGUGUUGGAUAGUCGAGGUGGUAUUCUGUCUGUUGACGCUUUGGGUGUUCAUCUGUACAUUCCACCUGGUGCCAUACCAGCUGAGGAAUCUCCCCAGAUAGUCUACAUGUACGUUCAAGGCCGCAACCACCUCACUCCGUAUGUCCAGUGCGGGCCUUCAAAAUUCGAAUUCAGGAAGGAUGUCAUCUUGAUCUUACCCCACUGCGCAAAAGACGCAGUAGAUACCAAGUUCAACUGUGUGAAGUCUUCUUCCAGUGGAAACCAGACGAUUGAAGGAGGCAAGGAUGGAAAUGUGAUCGUCAAAAGUAAAUCCAUCUUGAUGACCAUGCGCCACUUCUGUGGACUUACAGCUUAUGGAAACCCCAAGGCUAAAUACAUGGUAGCACGUGUAUUCAUCAAAGACAUCAACGAUACAAACGUCAUGGUUCGUGUUCGACUAUUUGAUGACACCAAGGCCAAUCUUCAGGAAAUUCAGACAGCGGAGACGAGAAAUGGCUUCGUCCAGGUCGAUAUGCCCGGAACAUUGGAAGUGAAGCGCACCGACCCGGAGAAGGACGUUAGGAUAAACCUGAUGUGCUCAGAUACAGAUUGUUGGGUAAUCACCGAACCGCAAAGUGGUUGGCAGACGAUACAACACUCGAUCUUGUGGCGGGAGUGUGGUCCAGAUAACGUGCCGUCGUUUCCGUCGAAAAUAUUCAAGGCUAGCAUGCGAAGAUCCACAGAGAGGGCGCCCUUUGAUGGUUAUCUAAAAGUCUUUCAAGAGGGUCGAGAGGAGCAAAGUGUUGAUUUCGCGCUGACUUAUUCACUCAAUGUUGCCAAGGCAACCAGUCCCAGACAAAUCACUGAGGAGCAAGUCAAGGAAAUCUGUCGUCAGCAGAUAAGGGAACAGUUGCGAGGUCCCGUCGCCGAGAGCAGACUGCUGGAUGAAGAAACAAUAAGGAAGCUCUGUUCGCGCCUGGAUGAGCCUAGUCCUAUUGGUCGUGACUGGCGCAUCCUUCCGGAGAAUCUGACGGGAUUGAAAGGCCACGGGCACGGCUGGGUGGAGAGCAUCAAGACAAGAGCAGCCAGCGGGUUCCUAACUCCGCAAAGCCCCACCGAGCUCGUCCUCGAUGCGUUCUUUGCUACGUCAAGGGAAAGCGAUAUGGGUAACAGGCGCACUUUGCAGGAGCUGAAGCGUGGUCUUCACAGUCUGAACCGACCAGAUGUGCGGUUUGCCAUCAAGGUCAUCGAUGACCAGAUAUGCCCCGACCCCCAAGAAACAAACAUUAAUGUUAAAACUACAUAUACACUGAAGUUCGAGAAGGACGGAGAAGUACCCGAAAUAAAAUCCGAACAAGACCAACCGCAGAUGUAUAGGUCACAAAGUUUGGAGCAGCCACCACAGAGGAAUUUCACUGCGAUGAAUGGCACACGGGAGGAUCUCGGUAGGGAUAGAGCAAGUUCUACGAGUGAUCUACUCUCUUCGUCAAUUUCAGCAUCAGACCCUGAAGGUCAGAUAAACAAACUCGAUAGCAAGCAAAGAACAGAUAGUGCCUAUGAAAGCUACAAUGGGCUUGACACUGACGACCGUUAA